GCCCGGCUGGCCCGGGCGGCGGGCGGCCGCAGUAUGUCAUGCAGGUGGUGGCCAAGGACGGGCAGGUGCUCUCCUCCGUCGUGCGGACCCUCGCCACGCAGAGCAGUCCCUUCAAUGACCACCCAAUGUGCAGGAUCUGCCAUGAGGGCAGCAGUCAGGAAGACCUGCUUUCUCCCUGCGAGUGUACAGGGACGCUGGGGACCAUCCACCGCAGCUGCCUGGAGCGCUGGCUGUCCUCGUCCAACACUAACUACUGCGAGCUCUGCCACUUCAGGUUUGCAGUGGAGCGCAAACCCAGGCCACUGGUAGAGUGGCUGAGGAACCCAGGUCCUCAGCAUGAGAAGCGGACUCUCUUCGGGGACAUGGUGUGCUUCCUGCUCAUCACCCCACUGGCAACCGUCUCUGGCUGGCUGUGCCUGCGGGGAGCUGUGGACCACCUGCACUUCAGCAGUAGGCUGGAAGCUGUUGGCCUCAUUGCACUCACUAUUGCACUCUUCACCAUUUAUCUCUUUUGGACCCUAGUGUCAUUCAGGUAUCACUGCAGGUUAUACAACGAAUGGCGUCAGACCAACCAGCAGGUGACACUCCUUAUCCCCAGGUCUCCCAGCAUCCCCUCCAACCAGCAGUCCCUGCUGAGCCUGCCAUCAAUCAAAAGGGACUCAAAGGAGACAGUCGUUUGAUUCGGGCCGUUCUGCUCUGGGGCUGUGCGCUAAGAACAUUUUCCUCAAACUCAUUGGGCUCAAGCACCAUGCAGAACCCAGCAGCGCGCUGUCCUGAUGCGCAAACUCUUCACAAAGGGGGAAAUCACUGUUUGAAUUCAAAUCAUGGAUGCUGCAGUCAUAUGUUAUUUGCUAAGCUGCCAAAUUUGUUUAUUUAGCACAUACUGUAUGGGAGCUCAUGUUAAUACUUGCGUUGUCAAGUGAUGCAUACUUUUCUAUUAGUGUUUAAAAAUAUUAAGCUAUGACAAUUAACAAUGCAAAACAGACGUAGAGUGCUUUGUUUUUAUUGUUCUGUAGCCGGAUAGUAACCAGUGUUGUAUUUUGUUUUUCCUGAAUCACAUCAACAGCAUUGCAGAUUUUUUUCUUGCUGCAAUUAAUUUUAUUUAACAGAUUUUAUUCCAGUAUUUUGGAUUGUUAAAAUACUUUUCUGUGAUGAAUGUUACUUAAGUGCUAUGUAGUGACUGUAAGACCAAUCCAUUUCUUAUUUGACAGGAAAGUUCCGAUAAGAAAAUUCUUUAGGAACAAAUUUGGAAUACAUGGAAGAAAGGAGUGGCAGAACUUGCAAAAAUCUUCCUAUUUUUAAGUACUCUAUUAAGUAACACAGCAAAACUCAGGGAACAGAAAGUGUACCUUUUCCACUCAGAAGCAUCAAAUGAGGCACUGCAUUCUGUACUGCAAUUGUGCCAGUGAGAAUUCCAGUUAGGCAACCUGCUCUGUGUUUACACCCAGGUGAAUUUAACCCUAAUUGUAUAAACUAAUUUUGUAAGGCAAACUCUGCAUACAUAAUGAAUGAGAUCGCUAGACAUAUCUCAGGAAGUAGGAACUCGUCUUGCAUUGAUAAUUAGCGUUUCUUGAAAGCUUGCAGAGCCUUUAGCUCAUCAGGUAGCAUUCAGCAGAGUUGAUGUAAACCCUAGCCUCUCAUGGUAGCAGCGAGACAGUAGCUUUUCUAGAAUGUGUGAAGUACAACCUACAGUGGUAACUGAACUGCAGUUGGAAUCCGAAGACGAGACUGUAUUGUUGAAUGCCAUUACCUAUUGCCACUUCCUUUCAUGUACAACUCAUUCAGCAAUUCUGUGCUCUUAGAAGAGACCGAACACUUAGAGAGACUUCUUCAAGAAAUAAUGAAAUAACAUUUCAUUAACAAAUUCCGCUAGAGUUAGCAAUUGAUGCAUAGUUUCUUGUGUCAUGGUUUUAUGAUUUUUGGUUAUUGGUAUUCUACAUCAUAACAUCAUGUAGUGAAUGUACCUGGAUCUCAAAAGAGAAGGACUACAACAUUUCCCAGGGUACUUUGCUCCUCUGUUACCAUUUCUGGCCAGAGGGAAAUGAUAAAAGCUUGCAGAUCAUGAGACUUCGCUCUCUCUUUCCGCCUGUCUCAUCCUGGCAGCACCUCGCUCUCCAGCCAUCUUAUCGUUGGUAUUAGAGUAAGGCCUACCUUGAUUUUGGACAUUCUCUCUUGCUGUAUUGGAUUUAUCAGCUUAAAUUGUAAUUAUAUUGUA